UUUCGGUUCCUAAGGAGUGAUCUGACGUUUUCACUCUGCGUUUUGUGAGCUGCUGGUCCGGAUCACAGACAUUGAAGAAUCGAUUCUACGGGAUGGCGCCGCCGACUAAAGUCACAAUCAUAGGUUCGGGUAACUGGGGCACGGCGAUCGCUAAGAUCGUCGGUCACAACGUGCGACGCAGGGAGCGGUUCGACAAUGAGCUGAGGCUGUUCGUCUACGAGGAGAUGGUCGACGGCAAGAAGCUGUCCGAGAUCAUCAACGAGACGCACGAGAACGUCAAGUACCUGCCGGGCGUGCGGCUGCCCGACAACGUGGUGGCGGUGCCGGACAUCAGGGCAUCCGUGAAGGAUUCGGACAUCCUCGUCUUCGUCAUCCCACAUCAGUUUGUGAAGAACAUCUGCGGUCAGCUGAAGGGAGCGGUCAAGUCGACCGCGAUCGGACUGUCUCUCAUCAAGGGUGUGGACAUCAACGAGACGGGACUGGUGCUCAUCUCUUCCAUCAUCGAGGAUGCACUCGCAAUCCCCGUCAGCGUGCUCAUGGGAGCCAACCUCGCUAACGAGGUCGCGCAGGAGAAGUUCUGCGAGACCACUAUAGGCUGCAAGGACAAGGACGUGGGAGUGAUGCUGAAGGAGAUGUGUCAGGCUCCGUACUUCCGCGUCGCCGUCGUCGACGAGGUCGAAGCCGUCGAGCUCUGUGGUGCCCUCAAGAACGUGAUCGCCGUGGCGGCGGGCAUCACAGACGGUCUCGACCAGGGCGACAACACCAAGGCCGCAGUCAUCCGCCUCGGCCUCAUGGAGAUGAUCAAGUUCAUCGAGCUGUUCUAUCCAGGUCGCGACAAAUGGAUAUUCCUGCAGUCGUGUGGCAUAGCCGAUAUAAUAGGUGGCUAUUGCAAUGGGACAAACUACAAGAUGACGAUGCAGUUUAUGACGUCCGGCAAGAGCUUCGUGCAGCUUGAGCGGGAGCUGAUGAAUGGACAGAAGCUGCAGGGUCCGACGACGGCGGCCGAGGUCUAUGAGAUGCUGAAGAACAAGGGCAUGGAGGACCAGUUCCCGCUGUUCACCGCGAUCCACCGCAUCUCGUCGGAAGGCAUGCCUGCGAAGGAGUUGAUCAAGUGCCUGAUGCAUCACCCGGAGCACAUGGACAAAGAAUACCACGAGCAUCCCUUCCUUCACCUACGAUCCGUGCCCGCCACCUCCCCAACGAGCCCCUGAAGCAGUCACCAGGUGGAGCCACCUGUCUGCGCAUGAGGACGCGGUUGCUGCACGCGCAUGAGUGUCGGCCGUCCGCUGCAGUCGGCCGAGAUUUAACGAUCAGUGUUUUUUGUUGCGUGUUUUGUUCGUGAUUGACGCGUCGUACUGCUGAACAGAAGAUGAGAAGGGGGCGUGGAAGAAUUUCACAAGGCAAAAUCGGGUUAUUUUAGCUUGCGUUGUUGUCGUUGUUGUUUAAUUCUGUGUUCGUGUUUAUGUGUGUGUACACGCGCGCGCGUGUGUAGUGUAUUUAUCAUCCGCUAUCGCUUCGCUGUUGUUUGCCUGUUCAGUUAUUCACGAAAAAUCGCACCACGCUGCUCACAUAUGGCUUUUACCGAUACAUAGGCAAGGUACUAGGACUGUACCUUACUAGGACGCAAUCUUACCGCCCACUUUUCAUAUAAAACUUUUCCCCAUAUCCUAGAGCAUGUUUCAAUCAUGAUAAACAUCAUAACUGCGAUGUUGCAAUCUUAUGUAGACGAUAUUUUAGAACAGGUUUUGUCGGUAAAGUUGACGCAGUGACAGAGAGGUGGAAUUCAUAAUUCACUGGUGGUUAGGAUGCAUAGGGUAUAUCAAUACUGAAUGUAAAAUAGGCAAGGGUUAGGAAGACAAACAAAUGUAUGGAAUAUCUGUAUGUAGAGUGGCAAAUACAUCAGCAUUGUGUCUCUCGUUCUUUAUAGUGUACAUGUAUAUAUAUAUAUGUUAAUAAUUAUGACAGUUACUCAGAUGAUAAUAUACAUAUUCAUCUAUAUAUAGAAAUGCAAAACUUUCAUUUAUUUUUUACGUGACGCGCGUGUGACCGUGUCCUGCGCACGCGCGACGGGACAGGUAUCGAUGUAACGACACAGUCCCAAGUCGGUGUCGAAUUCUCGAAUAUCGCGUUUCUCCUGCCGCGCGCCGCACAGCUCGAGGUUACACGCCAAACUCAGGGCAACAUUGUCAUUGAUGAAACUUUUUCGACCGAUACUCACGAGUUUUUCUCUGUGGUAUCUAUUACCCGAAUGAUUUGCAAAAUGCUGCGGUCCUUUGGCAGAGGACGGAUCUCGGUCUCUCUCGUUUUGUUUCGCCUUUUGUGUUGCAGGCUUCACCACGCUAUAUGUACAGCUGUUGUGUGAUCACGCAUCGACUAGUAUAUGUAUAUAUAUAAUCGGCAUGUUGUAUUCUCCUUCCCUCGUCGAUUCCGCUCGACUCUGUAGCCCGCAUUUCUGCUUCCAGGCCCCUCAUUAUACCCGUAUAGGCAACAGUCGAUGUGUGUUGUUCUGACCAUAGAGCAUAGUUGUUCUGAUCAUAGAGCAUAGUUGUUCUGACAUAACCAUCUACGAUCAUUGCAAAAAAUUUGUCCAACGUGAUUUUUUCAUGUUGCCUAUUCGCUAUCGUCAUCUCUGGGUGCUGGUUACCAAGUAUAUCUGACAUGAAAUUGUUACUAUUGGCAUUAGUUCGAAAUUAAUUCUACAUGAAUGGUGCAUUUCUAUAGAGAGUAGCCUAUUGAUAGUUUGACAGCAUACAGUAUGUAGUCGUUGGUUAUGAAGCGCACAAUCUAUAUUAGUUGCUGUGUUAGGGCGUCUUCCAUCCCUUACUCGUUCAAUUAGGGCAAACGCUAAUAAGCGGUUAAGUUUAUGGAUGGAAGGAGGCGUUAAUACAGAACUAGCUGUUACCAUGAACAAAGCACAGGCACGACGAACGUUUACGUAUAUCAUCGCGACGAGGAUUAGUUGUUUAUUAUCUCGUGCCUGUGCUUUGCUUGUCGAUGUCAUUUGUUGUCUGUGUGAGCAAUCGAUUGAGCUUUAUAUUUUGCAAAAUGUGUAAGGAAUAACACCUUGGUUAGUUGA